CCCCGAAGGUUGUAGCUGUGAGGAUUCGUUGCUUCUGCUGAAGAUGCCAUCCAGAACGAGUUUGGCUGCUUCGAUCCCAAGCAGCAAAGUGAAGUAUUCUAAACUCGCUUGCACGGAUGAAGGAUACAUUGAUCUGCAGUUCAAGAAGAGUCCCCCCAAGGUUCCCUACAAGGCAAUCGCGCUGGCCACAGUGCUGUUCCUGAUCGGGACCCUCCUCAUCAUCAUUGGUGCGCUCCUCCUUGCCGGAUACAUUAGCCACGGGGGAACCGAUCGCGCAGUCCCUGUCUUGAUCAUCGGAAUCCUGGUUUUCCUUCCAGGCUUCUAUCACUUGCGAAUCGCCUACUUCGCUUCCAAAGGCUACCGGGGCUACUCCUACGACGACAUCCCAGAUUUUGAUGAUUAGAAGGCUAGAGAACCUGGAGGUUUGGGCCACCCCGAUCUCAGUCUGGCUCCAGAGAGAAGAUGCAGAAAUAAGAGGGCAAUGCUCCCUUUGGACAAUCGACACAGCAGCUGUUGCACCCAUUAAGGAUUUCUUUUUUAGGCGUUUCUUUGGUAGGACUUAGUUUCUGAGAGAAUGAAGGAGGUCUUGCGAGACAAGCUUCUGGUUUGAGAUGGGAAAUUCUUGACAGCUGUGUUCCCACCAAGCAGAAGGGGGAAAAGAAACUCAGGGCUUUAAUAGGCAUUUCUGCUUCGCUUCACUUCUCCCUCUAGAGCAGAACCUCUGCAAAGCUGACAUCUGGAUCCAGGGAUGAAAGGUUGAGCGCUAUUUAAAUUUGUCUAGGCAAGAAGCCAGCUGC